AGCCUGUCUGCUAGAGAAAUCUCCUAAGUACUAGCUCCACUCCCCGCUAGGCGGAGGCGCGGGGAGGAGGAAGUCGUAGCCACCUCCCCGGAGUACUGCGUUCGGCGGGGGAGGUGGAGGUAGGAGGGAGUGAGGCUCAACAUGAUGGCGGCUGAGGCCGGGGUUGAGGAGGGCGGUUCGGUUAUGGCUGCCGGGAUGGUGGGAGCUGCUGGUGGAGCUGAGUCGGAGCACUACCCCACGUUAUGCCGGGGCAAGGAGCUGGGGUCGCAGGGCCCCUUCCUGGCUGGCUCUGGCGGGGACAGCCUGGGCGCUGGCGGUCCGGCGUUGUGCUCGGCGCUGGGGCUUCUGGCGUUAAGCUCCGGGCCUGCCUCUCUGGCGUCCAGAGACGCACUAUCAGCAACUGGACAAAGGCCGGAGGUGUCCGGAGAGGUGCUGCUCCCACCCAAACCCAGCACUGUCGCCUUUCCCCCAAUGCCGCCGCCGCCACAGCCACCUUCCUUGGCGGGGGGGCUGGGGAUUGUGGAUGAAGGCGACUCGUUGGAUGGGCCCGAGUAUGAAGAGGAGGAGGUGGCCAUCCCGCUCAACGCUCCCCCCACAAACCAGUGGUAUCAUGGAAAACUCGACAGAACAAUUGCAGAAGAACGUCUUUGGCAAGCGGAAAAACCUGGAAGUUACCUUAUUCGAGAGAGUGAUCGGAGACCGGGUUCAUUUGUGCUUUCAUUCCUUAGUAAAACAAGUGUCAAUCAUUUUAGGAUUAUUGCCAUGUGUGGAGAUUAUUACAUUGGUGGACGUCGCUUUGCUUCACUCUCAGACCUUAUUGGGUAUUACAGUCAUGUGUCUUGUUUGCUGAAGGGGGAAAAACUAUUCUUUCCAGUAGCACCUCCAGAGCCUGUGGAAGAUAGAAGGAGAGUUCGAGCAAUUCUACCUUACACCAAAGUGCCAGAAACUGAUGAAAUAAGUUUUCUUAAAGGAGAUAUGCUUAUUGUGCAUAAUGAAUUGGAAGAUGGCUGGAUGUGGGUUACAAACCUACGUACAGAUGAACAAGGUCUUAUAGUAGAAGACCUGGUAGAAGAAGUGGGAAGAGAAGAAGAUCCACAUGAAGGCAAAAUAUGGUUCCAUGGGAAGAUCUCCAAACAAGAUGCUUACAAUUUACUGAUGACAGUUGGUCAGGUGUGCAGUUUUCUUGUGAGGCCUUCAGAUAAUACACCUGGUGAUUAUUCACUUUAUUUUCGGACCAAUGAAAAUAUUCAACGUUUUAAAAUAUGUCCAACAUCAAGCAAUCAGUUUAUGAUGGGAGGCAGAUAUUAUAAUAGUAUUGCAGAGAUCAUUGAACAUUAUAGAAAAGAACAGAUUGUUGAAGGAUAUUACCUUAAAGAUCCUGUUCCAAUGCAGCAUCAAGAACAAGUGUUUAAUGAUACAGUCGAUGGAAAAGAAAUCUACAAUACAAUUCGUCGCAAAACAAAGGAUGCUUUUUAUAAAAAUAUUGUCAAAAAAGGAUAUCUUCUAAAAAAAAGUAAAGGGAAGAGAUGGAAAAACUUGUACUUUAUAUUGGAGGGAAAUGAUGCCCAGCUUAUUUAUUUUGAAAGUGAAAAACGAGCCACAAAACCUAAAGGAUUGAUAGACCUUAGUGUGUGUUCGGUCUAUGGAGUACACGACAGUUUAUUUGGCAGGCCGAACUGUUUUCAGAUAGUAGUUCAGCACUUCAGUGAAGACCAUUACAUCUUUUACUUUGCAGGAGAAACUCAAGAACAAGUGCAGGACUGGAUGAAGGCUCUGCAGAUGUUUUGCAGUUUAAGGAAAAACAGUCCAGGGACAUCAAAUAAACGUCUACGUCAGGUCAGCAGUCUUAUCUUGCAUGUAGAAGAAGCUCAUACACUCCCAGUAAAACAUUUUACUAAUCCAUAUUGUAACAUCUACCUGAACAGUGUCCAGGUAGCAAAAACACAUAUCAGGGAAGGUCAGAACCCUGUAUGGUCAGAAGAAUUUGUCUUUGAUGAUCUUUCAUCUGAUAUUAAUAGAUUUGAGAUAAGUCUUAGUAACAAAACAAAGAAAAGUAAAGAUCCAGAUAUAUUGUUUAUGCGUUGCCAAUUAAGCCGAUUACAGAAAGGACAUGCAACAGAUGAGUGGUUUCAACUCAGUUCCCAUAUACCACUGAAAGGUAUUGAGCCAGGAUCUUUGCGUGUCCGAGCACGAUAUUCUAUGGAGAAGAUCAUGCCAGAAGAGGAGUACAGUGAGUUUAAAGAGCUCAUACUCCAGAAAGAGAUGCAUGUAGUCUAUGCCUUAUCACAUGUUUGUGGCCAGGAUAGAACACUGUUGGCUGGCAUUUUAUUGAAGAUAUUUCUUCAUGAAAAGCUUGAGUCACUAUUGUUACGAACACUAAAUGACAGGGAAAUAAGCAUGGAAGAUGAAGCUACUACUUUGUUUCGUGCCACCACUUUAGCAAGUACACUUAUGGAGCAAUAUAUGAAAGCCACAGCAACACGGUUUGUUCAUCAUGCACUGAAAGAUAGUAUAUUAAAGAUAAUGGAGAGCAAGCAGUCCUGUGAGUUAAAUCCUUCGAAGUUAGAAAAAAAUGAAGAUGUAAACACUAAUUUGGCACAUCUACUCAGUAUACUUUCAGAAUUGGUGGAGAAAAUAUUCAUGGCUGCAGAGAUACUGCCUCCGACAUUGAGAUAUAUUUAUGGAUGCUUGCAGAAGUCUGUUCAAAACAAGUGGCCAGCUAAUACGACAAUGAGAACAAGAGUUGUUAGUGGCUUUGUUUUUCUUCGACUGAUUUGUCCUGCUAUCCUGAACCCAAGGAUGUUUAAUAUCAUCUCAGAUUCUCCUUCCCCUACUGCUGCAAGAACACUGACGCUGGUUGCCAAGUCUGUGCAGAAUUUAGCAAAUCUGGUUGAAUUUGGAGCUAAGGAGCCAUAUAUGGAGGGGGUAAAUCCAUUUAUCAAGAGCAACAAACAUCGCAUGAUCAUGUUUUUAGAUGAACUUGGGAAUGUUCCUGAGCUUCCAGACACUACAGAUUACUCUAGAACUGACUUAUCUCGUUAUCUGGCAGCCUUGCAUGAGAUGUGUGUGGCUCAUUCAGAUGAACUUCGGACACUUAGCAAUGAGCGAGGUGUAAUGCAGCAUGUUCUUAAGAAGCUGUUGGCUAUUACAGAACUGCUUCAACAAAAACAACAUCAAUAUUCAUUGUCUAAUAACAUCAGGUAGCAGCCUUCUACCUGAAUUCUGCAUGGAUCCAGCAUGUCUAACAUGGCAACUUACACAGGUAUCACUUUUUUUGCUCUUGCCAAAAAUCGCACACCCUGUCACAUUCCCAGUGAUGUGUGAACUAUGCAAAAAAGAAAACAAAGAUUCUGUUAGCAAAUGAUUCAACCAGCAGCUCUUUAAGCUAUCUGUGCAGGAUAUUUGCACUUUUUUCCACUUGGAACCAGUUUUUACAGCCUCUGAGCCUUGGUGUACAGUUUACCUUUUGCAAAGAAAAUGCUGUGACUGUAGUAACUUUGAAAAUUAUUUUGAACACCUGUGUCCUGGGAUGACUUUAUGAUGCUUGUAUCCCCAUUGGUCUGUUUAUCCCAGAAAUAAGUUUUGCACCUUUAAGACUGGUUCUGAGAGGGAAGGGGGAGGGGGAGAGAAGAAGCAUGCAGUUUGUUUUCAGAAACUGCACUCACUCCUCCACAUUCCUGCUCCUGGACUGUGUUGUCUACAGACGGACAGACACCAGGACAGAGCUCUCUUUUGCUUUUUAGUUAGUUUUUAGCUAGCUGAGGCAGAGAAGUUCCCUAGGCUCCAGUGUUUCUUUUUCUUGGAACUGUUUAAACCUGCUCUGGACUGAACACCCAGAAGAGCACCGCCAGCUCACACCUGUGGUCCCCUGGAGCUUGGCCUGGACUACAGCAUUUCCAGCGCUGGAGGGACUGAUAACAGACUGAGUGAGCCGAGCUACAGCCCAUGAAGGGGAUUUCCUGAGUUUGUCAUCUCUUUGGAGCGGCAAGAGGCUUUAUUGUUUAAUAUUAUUCUUUUUUUUUUUUUUUUUGUGCUGGUGAAUGCUUUGCUUGUCAAAUAAACAGUUUUUUCCACUUAUCUCCAAGGAAAACUUUUCCUGAUCCAUUUGGGGGAGAGACCACAUGAAUUUGCUUUCUAGAGGAACCCCUUUGCAGGAUUUCUCCCAAAUUUGCCCUAAACCAGGACAACCUGCAAAUGCCAAAGCUUUUCUGUCUUGUUGGAAAAGAAUUACCAACUGACAAGGAAAGAUAUGCAUUGUUUUGACAGCUACAUGUAACUGCAUAACAUUUCUUACUGUAAUUUCUGAGUGGUUACAAUUAUUAUGAUUUUGACUUUUUCAACCACUUAAACAUGUAUUUACAAUUUCCAGAUUUUGACGGUUAUGGUAAGAACAAUCUUUCCUAUAUACUUUUUAUACCAUGCUGUUUCUCUUGCUGGAAUCAUGUCAAAACAAUAUGCAGAACAGAUCUUGUCAGCUUUAUUCUUAAUGUGCCACAGAUUCAGUCUAAAUAAUUCUUCCAUCAAGGAUUGUGUAUCCAUUCAAGCAAAUCACAAUGCUUUUUUAAAAUGCUUACAAAAGUGAACAAUAAGAAUUUAUUAAAUUUAUUAUCACUCUAUCAGACAUGCAUGCAUCCAUUACACCGUUUUAUAACAUAUAUUGAUUGGGCUCGUGUGUAAUGUAAGGCUUCCAUGAAUGUUAUUUUUGAACUUGAAAAAUAAGUUUUAAAAUAAUCAAGCUGCCAAUAGAUUCUCGAUAGAAACUAACUUUGUGUUCAAGUAAUAGAACACUGUAAAAAUGAAAUUUGGAUAGCAGAUAUGGUUAGCUAUUUAUCUACUGCAUAUAAAAUGCAUUGAUAAAACUGACUGUAGGUAAAGUUGCAUUUAGGUAUAUGUUGUGGUUUGACAUUGGCCCAACCCAAGGCACCCAUGAGAAUCGCUCGCUCACCAUCCUCUGCUAUAGAUGGGCAGUGGAGAAGGGGAAAAAAAAUUUACAAAUGGUUCAUGAGUGAGAUAAGGACUGGGAGAAAAAAAAUCAAGGGCAAAACAGGCUCAACUUAAGGUUGCAAAGUGAAUUUAUUACUAACAGAAUCAGAGGAGGAUAAUGAGAAGUAAAAUAAACCCUUAAAACAAGGUUUCCUCCCCAGACCCUCCCUCCUUCCCACCAACAGCACAGGGAGACAGGGCAUGCAGGUUUUGGGCAGUUCAUCACCGAGAUUUUCUUCUGCUGCUCUGGGAGAGGAGUCCUUCCCCUGUGAGGCCAUGGGGUCCCUCCUAUGGGAGACAGUCCUCUGUGAACUUCUCUGGCAUGGGUCCACUCUCACAACCAGCAGUCCUACUGCACCUGCUGCAAUAUGAAUUCCCCCCACGGGCAAACAGUCCUCCCAGAACUGCUGCAACAUGGGUCUCUCUUUGCCCGGGGUGCAGUCCUCCAAGGACAGGCUGCUCCAGCCUGGAAGCAAGGGCCCCCUCUCUCCACUGGGUCUUCCACUGGAGCACAGCCUCCUCCAGGCAUUCACCUGCUCUGGCAUGGAUGCCUCCCCCACAGGCUGCGGGUAGAUCUCUGCAUCCCCCGUGGAUCCCCAUGCGCUGCAAGGGGACAACCUGCUUCACCAUGGUCUUCACCACGGCCUGCAGAGGAAUCUCGGCUCCAGCACCUGGAGCACCUCCUACCCCUCCUUCGUCACUGACCUUGGUGUUGCCAUGUUGUUUUCCUUCACCUGUUCUUACCUCCUCCUCUUCUCUGACUUGAAGAAAAACUGUGUGUACUUUGUUUUGAUUUUCUUCCUAAAUAUGUCAUCACAGAGGCAUUACCAACCUCUCUAAUUGUCCCAGUUUUGUCCAGCAGCAUGUCCAUCUUUAGAGCCAUCAGGGACUGGCUCUGCUGGACAUGGUGGAAGCUUCCAGCAGCUUCUCACAGGACCCAUCUCUCUAUAGCCCCCCUGCUAGCAAAAACUAGACCGUGCAAAACCAGUACACUAUAUAUGUUUAAAAAUUGACAUCAUUACAUAUUUCCUAAAACAGUGUGUGAAAAUAAUGCCGUAGUUUACCCCUCACCAGCAGCUUAGGCACCACAUAGCUAUUUGCUCAGAUGCCACCCCACUCCCACCCCCACAAAAAAAGAAGGAACGGGGAAAAUAGGAGGAGCAAAAGCAAGAGAACUCAGGAUUUGAGAAAGAUGAAGAAAAGUAAACCAGAACAAGUGAUGCAAAGGUAAUUACUCAUCACCUUCCAGAAGUAGACUGAUGUUCAGCCAGUCUCUGAACAACAGCUACCUCCCUCUCCCCCCCCAAAAAAAGGAAGCCCUCAUCCUUUCCCUCGAAUUCUAUUGCUGAGCAUGACAUUGUAUGGAAUGGAAUGGAAUGGAAUGGAAUGGAAUGGAAUGGAAUGGAAUGGAAUGGAAUGGAAUGGAAUGGAAUGGAAUGGAAUGGAAUGGAAUAUCCCUUUGGCCAGUUCAGGUCAGCUGUCCUAUCUGUGUCUGUUAGGGAAAUUGGCCUCAUCUCACACUCAAUCAAGGAGUUAUAUUCAUACCACCUGAGACUUCAACCACUAGGACUUUACAGUCCGUUCAUGAUGAAUGGCUCCACUGAACCAAUGGGUACCCUGUGCUGACUCCAGACACACACACUCACACGGACAUUUUCCCUUUUGGCUUUAGCCUAGGGUUCAUCAAGCAGAGUCUCAGGCAGAAUCUAGCAAAUUAGGUUAUUUGGUACAGUGAUGAGAUACAGCUUGAGCUGGGUGCCUCAGGAGAGGGACCUUGAACAAAGAAAUCCUUGGGCAAUUAUACCCUUACAACGCAAGUUUCCCACCCCUCACGUGACAGUUCAGUUCAAUAGUAAUAUUAUGGUAUGGGGUAGUCUUGUUCUUCAUUGGGUCUCUUCAUUGUCUCUAGGUGAACCCAUUUCUUCUCUUACCUCUAAGGCUGCAUCUUAUGCUGACAGGGGUAGUUGCCUUCCUUGCUUCCUUAUCUUCUGGCUCAAACUGGCUCUGGGGCCUCCUUUUACUUAAGUAGGUAAAAGUUCAGUGUAUCUUGGUGUAAAUUCACAGCUCACAGCCUGAGUCUUCAGCACAUCUAGUUACUAAUGCUAAGUAAGUUACACUAAGCUACUAGUUUUCUUUAUUUCUUUACAGUGUCCACUCCAAACUUCUUACUCACUCCCCAGCCUAUUCCCCAGUGAGAGGUAGCAGCCAAGAGGGUGCAGAGCCUAGAGCUAUGUGGCUGUGUCUAGGUUGUUAUUCUAUACCAUUCACAUCAUUGUUGUGAGGUGGAAGUAAGGGACUCACUUCUGAAAAAGGGGAGGGGGGAGGGGGUCAUUUCCAUUUUGUUCCUUUUUCCAGCAGAACAAGUGGCAGAUGGAGCAGUGGGAUGGCUCUGGUUGCAGUCAUGCCGCAUUGGGUCAGACUCAGUGAGCAUUUUUGCAUGUAAUCACCCUUUCAUACACUGUUGUUAUUAGUAUUGUAGCUGUUACUGUUCAUUUUCUUAUCUCGUUGCUGUUUCCAGUAAAUUGUUCUUAUCUCAACUCGGAAUCUGCUUUUUAUCUCUCUUGAGGGAGUGAGGGGAGGACAGGGCCUGUGUGGGGCUUAAUUUCCAUCUAUGCUUAAACCAUGACAAGGAGGUAGAAGAGGCAAGAGUGAAGCUGUGCCUGGAAAGAAGGGGGAGGGUGGGGGAAAGGUGGUUUUAUUUUUGGGUUUUAGUUCUUUUUUUUUUUACUGGCAAUAUUUAAAGUCAUAUUUCCCAAGCUGAGUCUGUUUUGCCCAUGAUGGUAAUUGGUUAGUGACCUUCCUGUCCCUAUCUCAACCCAUGAGCUUUUUCAUCUUUUCUUCCCCUGUCCUGCUGAGGAGAGGGGAGUAAGUGAGCUGUUUGGUAGGCACCUAGCAGCCAGCCAAGAUCAACCCACCACAGUUCUUACUUGUGGGUCAACCCUUGUAGCAGCAGCUCUCUGGCCACAGAGAGAAACACAACUUUCCCAGGCAUCAUCCUGGGAAAGGCUGUGAGAAGAUCAGAGAAAAGAAUGCAAAACAAUUCUUAACUUGCUGCACCUGGUAUUGUGAACAUGUGGAAUGUGUUAUGGAGAUUUGUUUACCAAAGGGUGGUUUCUUAUUUAGCCAAUGGUGAUGGUGUUUGGACUGGAGGACCAAUUAGGUCCACCUGUAUCGUAACUGUCUAUAAAAGAGCAAUGGGUUUCUUAAUAAAGAAUUCUU